AUGCUGAAAGCCCUGUGGAAAGCCCUAAAGUCUGAGCAACAGUUCAGACCCGCCACACCUGCCCCUGUCAUCCCAGAUGCACCAUCUGCUCCAGCAGGGGCCUCAGGGACACAGUGCUAUUCAAGAUGGGUGCCUCCUGUGCCCUGGACAAUGCCCAAGGCAACUGCCAAAGGAGUCAGGGACAUUCACCAGAGUUCCCAACCGGUAAGAGAUUGGCAAAAUGAUUAUAUUGGUGUCCACCUUCCAACCUUUUUCAGGCAGUGUGUGGUCCUGGGCCCCUCCCUGCUCCACACUGGGACCCCUGAGAAUGGCUGCCUCCUUCUCAGCUACCUGAAUGAGACAGUGUCUGUAAGUGCUUCCUUGGAGUGCACUGGGGGCAACCAGAGCCUCUUCACUGACCCGGUGGUGGAAAAGGACUUAUAUCAUUGCGUCUCCUUCACUCUCCCAAGGAUCUCAUCCUCCUCACAGGUGGCAUUCCUCACUGUACAGAUAAAGGGACCAACACAAGACUUUAGGAAGAAGAGCACAGUGCUGGUAAAGAAUGCUCAAAGUCUGGUUUUUGCCCAGACAAACAAACCCAUCUAUAAACCAGGACAGACAGAAUUAAAAUUCCAUAUUGCCUCUGUGGAUGAGAAUUUUCACCCCCUGGAUGAACUGAUUUCACUGGUGUACCUUGAAGACACAAAAAGAAAUCAAAUUCGACAAUCGCAGAGUCUCAGGUUGGAGAGUGGCCUCCAACAGCUGGCCUUUCCUGUCUCGUCUGAGCCCAUUCAGGGUUCUUACAAGGUGGUGGUACAGAAGGAGUCAGGUGAAAGGAUAGAGCACCCCUUCACUGUACAAGAAUUUGUGCUUCCCAAGUUUGAGGUCAAAGUUCAGGUGCCAAAGAUAAUCAGUAUCCUGGAUGAAAAAGUGAACAUAUCAGUAUGUGGAAUGUGA